AUGGCGGAUUUAGAUGAAUUGCUUAAUAAUGACGCAGCUGUGUUAGAAUUGGAUAGUCUAACUAAUUUAGAAUUUGAAAGUUUAUCUAAUAAUAUUAAUGUUAACUUUAAUAAUAGUUAUUUAGAUGGACUGCUGAUUAAUAAAAACAAUAAUAUUAGUGAAUCAACAUUAGUGACUCCCAAAAAAUUGCAUAAAUCAAAUAGUAACGUUUCAAUUGGUUGGAAAGAAGAUACUGUGGACUAUAAAUAUACCACAACAAAUAGUAAUGAGAUUCAUAAUAGUACAUUGAGUGUAGUCGAUCAGAACCAACCAAGAAAUUCAAUUUCUCAUGGUGUUGAUUUUUGGAAUGUCUCAAAUACAAAACGAAAUAGUUUAGUGAAACAAGAAGGAAAUAGAGAUGAAAAUGGAAACGAAGACAAAAACGAAAAUGUUGACGACAUUGUUAACUAUGAAUAUGAUACAAACUUAUCCAAAUCAUUGAAUUAUUUUUACUUCAAUUCUGAGAACCUUUCAAAUUCAGCAUUAUUUAGUGAGAGUCCAGUACCAGUUCAAGAACAAUCAUUACUGGGGAAUUUUCAGCCAACAAUCAAAUAUUCAAACAGCAUAUCUCCAUACCCCACAUCAAACAUAUUUAUACAAGACAACAACAGUAACACAACAAUGAAUCCAAAUGAUAUAUCUAUACGAAAAAAUUCAAAAAACAGUUAUGAUCAAGAAUUCUUAACCAAUAACGAGAGAAGGCCUUCCACUCUAAUUAAUGCCACACCCGUGUUGGCUAAAAGUAUAGAUCCUUCACAGAAUUUUAUAGCUAAGAGAAAUAGUAUACAUACUUCCAUAAAGCAAUCUGCUUCAUCGAAGGAUAAGUUACCUUUUGUGAAAAGAAAUUCAAUAUCACCACAAAUUAUUUACAGUGAUAAACCGUUCAAAUGUAAUAAGUGUGAGAAAAAAUUUAAAAGAAGUGAACAUUUGAAAAGACAUAUACGAUCUGUACAUUCAACGGAAAGACCAUAUCAUUGUCAAUUCUGUGAAAAGAAUUUUAGUAGGAGUGAUAAUUUAUCACAACAUCUAAAGACACAUAAAAGACAUGGAGAUUUUUAA